AUGUCACGCUGUCGUACAGCUACUGCAUUGCUACGGCGCAUAACUUCGGUCUUGAGUGCUGCGCAAUUGAGGCAGUACGCAAGGUGGAAUUCGCAUAGAGCACUAGCACACAAUGCACUCUCGAUUACCGCAUCUCAUUCACAGUGCGGUAGUGAUUCCAACCGAUCACUGCAGUGCCAUGUCGACGCAUUGCAUUCUAUUCAGAACCAACAAGAACGCUCACAAGAAGCAGUCAAAUUUGCUGCACAGUGCCAUCGUCUUCAAACCAACGACGCUCUGAAAUUGCUCGCGGAUUUCUUGAAAAGCGAUAAACAAAUCACGAAAGCGUACUCCAAUCGUGCGGUUUACUUCUGCAUUCAUCUCGCACUCAUUUUGGAUAAUUUGGAAAUAGCAAGUGAAUUUUUCAAAUGGUUACCGCCUGAUGUGCACAUUUUGGGUACGAGUCUAAGGGUACAACUACUUUCACGAAUGGGUCAUUUGCAAGAGGCAUUGUCGCAACUGGAACGUGUUCUCAACGAAGAUGUGCCAAGAUUCGAUACGAAUCACAAAAUCGUUGACGAAGCGCUCGACGUUCUUUGUGGAGCAAUCAAAUCCAGUCCCGAUUCUUUACUUGAGAUGCGCCGUUUCCGUUACUUACAACGGUUACUAACCAAAUACGAACGACGUUCGAAAUGCACCAUUAACGAGCUGUUGUGUGCUAAAGUUUUGGAUGUGACUGAUGGUCAACUGGAGCAAGAUGUGUACGGGAAUAAACUCGACGAUGCUACCAUCAAAAAGAUAGUCAAAAUUGCUCCUUACAUCCUUUCGGACGAUUGA